GUUGUUAAAAGGCUUUCAAUUAAAAAAAAAAUGCAGAAGAAAGAUUAACAAUACAUAAAUCAACAAAUUAGUUUAAGAUUGAUUUCAAGAGCAAAUUUUGUUUUUUUUUAAUAUAUUAUUCGUCGACUAAUGAUUUUGCUGAAACAGCAAAUAUCGUUUUACCUUUUUUGUUAUGGUCAUGUUCGUUGUAAUCUUUUGUUCAAUCUUUUUUUAGUUUUGUUUACAACUUACAAGAGUGUUGUAUUACCGUUUUCUUUAUUGGGUCAACUUUUCGAAUUUGGUUAAAGAUCAAUUACCUUAUAGGCCCAAAGAAACGGGUUCAGACCCAUUUCUACUGAUUCUUAUGAGAACCGGGUAAAACCAUUUAAACCGGUUUAAACCGAGAAUUGCUGAAUUGUUCAUCGUCUCCUCUCUCUCUUCUCUCUCAAGACUUGCGAAUUCUGUGAUCGGAUCCAAUUGUCAACUUCUCGGGGGGUUUCGAAAACCCUAAUCCCAUCAUUCUCAUGGAAGCUACUAAAAAAGCGAAACCAAGUUGUGGAGAUGCGAUUAGCAAUUUACCAAAUGAUCUUCUCUGCCGAAUCUUAUCUUCCCUUUCGACAAAGGAGGCUGCUUUAACAUCGGUUCUCUCAAAGCGCUGGUCAAAUCUGCUUCUGUCGAUACCUAUCCUCGAUUUCGACGACUCCGUGUUCCUAAAUCCCCAAAAGGGUCGACGAAAAACUUGUUUUUUCAAGGCUUUUGUGGAUAGGUUACUGUCUCUACGUGUCGAGACUUCAUCCCCUGUUCAAAGAGUGUCUCUCAAGUGUCGUCAAGGAGGUGUUGCACCAGAUUGUAUAACUAUGUGGAUACUAACAACUGUAAGGGAUCUUGGUGUCUCGGAUCUUUCUCUACGUAUUGAUUUUGGAAUCUUUCUAUUGCCGUUUAAUGUCUUUAGGAGCAAGACUUUGGUAAACCUUAGAAUUGGAACAAUGAUACGUCUUGCUCUGUUUCCUUCAGGUGUUGUUUCUCCAACGGUUAAGUCACUUGUUCUUGAUUUAGUUGAGUUUGGUUAUGAUGAGAAGGAUGGGUUUAAACAGAUUCUGUUAGCUUUUCCUUCGCUGCAAAGCUUGCGGAUUCAUGAAUCGAACAAGUGGAAGUUUUGGAAUGGGUUUGCUUCUUCUACUCGAACGCUCAAGAGUCUUGUAUAUAGAAGGGAUGAUACUGAUUGCUGUGCUCCUAAACCUUGUGUUUCGUUUGAUACUCCGAGUCUUGUUUACUUAGAGUAUACUGAUGUGGUUGCGGAUAAGUAUGAUAAUCUGAAACUGGACAGCCUUGUUGAAGCUAAGAUUGAUUUUCAGUUGACACCUUUUCAAGUCAUGCGCAAACCAAAUAACAUUGGUUUUGUUCCUGGUAAUGUCACAUCCUUUUUCAAGGCCAUCAGAAAUGUCAAGAUCCUCUCCUUAUCUCCGGAUGCGUUAGAGGCGCUCUAUUACCGCGGUGAAAUGAUACCUGUGUUCAACAAUUUGCGUUCUUUAUCUCUAGGAAGCGAUAAACCUCAUGGUUCAACAUUCAUCUUCUGGAAAUUGCUUCCAUCACUGCUCAACAACUCUGCUAAUCUAGAAACUCUCAUCAUCAAGGGUCUAGUGCACUAUGUUGCUGAAGGAUGGGAAGAUUUGAUUCCAAUGGCCCGUGUCUGCUUUUCCUGGAACGACGUGUCUGCUUCUUUGUCAUCAUCUGCAGUGAAGGUUUUAGAGAUCACUAGGUACAAAGGAACUUGUCAAGAAGUUAAUCGAUUGAAGCUUUUUUUGGGGAAGUUAUCGCGUCUUCAAAUGGUUAGGGUUCAUCAUAAAGCAGUAAAUGAUGGAGAAAAAAGUCGCCUCAUGAAAGUUCUUUUGCUUCUUCCCAAAGCUUCCAAAUGUAAGAUCCAAUUCAUAAAGGAAACUGUUUGAUUUUACUAGUUGUCUGUAUAUAAAUGUUGCUGGUUGACAAAUCUUAGUAAUCGUUACUUUUAUCUAAGUAUAGUCUCAACAUUUAUAUUUUACAUGUCUUUUUGUUAUCGUGGUACGAAUGUAACGAGAGCUACAUAAAAUCUCGCCCUAAAAUCAAAAUUGACAAAACUUGCCACGCUC